CUCCGGUCUCGUUUUGCCGACAAGCUGCGGAGAAUACAUACUUGGCACAGAAUGCAGCCCCUUGUCGAACCUUCCCUCUGCUCAUCUAUCACCUCCAACUCCUUGACCGAUCUCGAACUCGCAUCCAGAACAAAGCCAUGUCUCACUUAAGUCGUGUGCUCGCCCUGUCAUCCUCUGACACGGGUGAGAUGCGUGCCAUCUACGACGACUGGGCACCAACCUACGAAAAGGACUUAGCCGACGACUCGCAAGACUACGUCGCCCCGGCCAUAGCAAGCACAUAUGUCGCCAAAAGUCUAGGCGCAGAACGCAUCAGCGACAAGGUCGAGAUCCUAGACGCAGGAUGCGGCACCGGUCUGGUCGGCAUGCACCUUGCACGGCUCGGCGCAAAGAUUAUUGAUGGUAUUGAUCUCAGCCAAGGCAUGCUUGAUGUGGCGCGGAAGACGGGGGUGUACCGAUCGCUGGAGACGGCAGAUUUGUCGAAACCUCUCUCCCAGAAGACAGACUCGUACGACGUUGUAUCUUGUAUUGGUACCUUGACCCAAGGCCACGUUGGACCUGGGGCACUAGAUGAAUUCGUCAGGGUUGUCAAGGGAGGCGGCGUGAUUGUGGCGACAGUCUUGGACUCGAUUUGGACUGAAGGUGGAUAUGAGGCCAAAGUCCAGGGUUUGGUGACAGAAGGGAAAGUGAGGCUUGUGAACUCCCAGCGUGAGGAUUCAAGACGUGGAGCUGGUGUCAUGGCCAGGAUGGUUGUGCUCCAGGUCUUGUGAUGUUUAAUACAAGGUGCAGAUAAUGUCUGGAGAAAAAAAGGUGGUUAAGUC